GCAGAAGUAAACAACCAACAAUAUGAAGAUUAUCAUCGCAUUCGCCUGCCUUUUGGCCAUCGUCCGUGCCAACGAGAACGCCAAUGUGAUACGCAAUGAGGCUGAGGUCAAUGUGAAUGACUUCAAGUAUGCGUUGGAGCUGGACAACUCCGUGAACAUUCAGCAACAGGGUCAACUAAAACCCAGUGAACGCGAGCCCAACGAGCAGUGGGUAGUGGAGGGUCAACAUUCGUGGACUUCGCCAGAGGGCGAGCCUGUUUCCAUCCAAUACAUCGCAAACGAGAACGGAUACCAAGUUCUGUCCGCCAACCCACCACUGCCGACCCCACCACCAAUUCCAGAGGCUAUCCAAAGAGCGCUGGAUUAUAUUCGUGAUCAUCCCUCCCAGGACCAGCAGUAAUGCAGAUAAUAACUUUUCAAUUAAAGCCAUCUAAGUCAUUACAAUAAAAACUGAGUUCUAAUUAAAAAUUUUAAAAACA